CAUUGGAUUUGUGUCUUUGGUUGGAUUCUCCCUGGUGCUCUUGUGUGCCCUAAGCUCGCUUUCAGGGAAAAGAUUUAUUUCUUUUGGAAUGAUUUUCCUCGUAGUGACGAUGGCUGCGGCGCCCGGCUCGACUUGUGUCGUUCCGCGCGUAGGCCGGCCUGACCGCAAUCAUCGACGGGCCUCGGGCGCCGCGCCCCGUCCCGGCCCGAGGCGGCAAACAAAACAAAACAAACGAGUUUGGGAGCAUUCUUGGCGCUGGGAGCUUUACUCGAAGCGCUCGGCUGCCCGGUCGUUGUUCCCUUGGCGUCGCGUCGCGAUGGAGUACUCCCGGGACCUGGACUUCGCCGACCUGAACGAGAGUCUGCGUCCCCGUCCGCGCCUGAGCGCCAGCGAGCAGCUCUACUGCUCCCUCAGCAGGGUGCCGUCCAAAUCGGCCCGACGCGAGUCGGCCGAGCCGCCGCGCCGAUCCGCCUCGCUCUCGGAGCCGGAGGACGACGGCCCCGACGCCGACGGCGCCGAUCGCGACUCGGGCGUCUUCGCCCGCCUCAGCCCGAGGGGGGACGCCGACGCCGACGGAGCCCCGCGGCCGGGGCGCUCCGAGUCUCCCGCUUCGGACGGGGGCGAUUCCCCGUUCCAGAGGAGCUUCAUGACUCUGCCCGACCUCAUCCACGGCGGCAGGCCGCUCGGCAGGCGCAGGACCCUGGGACACGUCAACGACACGCUGAAGGAGGUUCGCCGGGAGGUGGAGCUGUCGCGAAGGCGCAGCAUCAAGCUCAAGGCGCAAGUGGACAAACUGCAGGAGAGCCGACAAGGACCCGGAUGGAGUCGAGACCGAGAGCGGGUGACGGAGGAAGUGCUCUCCAUCCUGCGGCUGAUGCAGCUCAUGUCGGACGACUCGGGCUCGCCCCCCCGGGAGCCGCCGCCCCCGGGAGAAAACCGCCUGGACGCCGCCCUCGCCCAGCUGCAGGACAUCGCCCGCAGAAUGGCCGUCAGCGGCAUCGCCAAAAAGGACGCCGGGUCGGCGGGAGGAAGCGCCUCGGAGGACGGCGCCCUGCUGCAACAGGCGCUGAGGGAUCGAGACGACGCCAUCGACAAGAAGAAGGCGAUGGAGACGGAGCUCCUGCGCAGUAAGUCGGAGAUGAUGCUGCUCAACAAUCAGCUGCUGGAGGCCGCGCAGAAACGCUUGGAGCUGUCGCUGGAGCUCGAGGCCUGGAAGGAGGACAUGCAGCUGUUGCUGCAGCAGCAGCUGCUCCUGCAGCAGCAGGUGGAGCAGAGCCAGAAGAAAACGUCGCGCAUGGGCAUCCUGAGGAGGAGCAAGGCGCCCAUGCAGCGGCCCGCCAACUUCCCGGUGGCGCAGGGCCCCCCCGCCUCGCCCGCCUUGCCCGACUCGCCGGCGCACAGCCCCACCCAGAAGUUCUUCGGCCGGGCCCCGCCGUCGUCGCCCGCCCAGGCCGCGCCCACUUGGAGGGACAAGUGGAAGAGGGGCAACGGGGCCGGCGGGGGGCGGCCCUCGCUCGAGGGGCCCCAGCGCAGGGACGACGACGGCUUCCAGGUGGUCUCGCUCGACUGACGCGCAAACGCAUCGCCGACACGCCGAAAGCCGCCCCUUUUUAUUCCACCGGCGGAAUAAGCAACCCGCCGACCAUCGCGCUCAAUAACGCGAGCGGGACAACAAAGUGACUUUUUCUUUUUUUGCCGCAGUUUGCUUUGGUGACGACUUGGAUCGUAAGUAAACGACGCCAGCCGGCACGUUCGUCGG